AUGUCUUCCAGAGGUCGCGCCGGAAAGUUCAUGAAGCCGAAGCGUGGCGGUGGCAAGCACUUCAGCAGAAAUCUUGCGCCCAUCGGCCCUGAUGGCGAAGCAAUGGGCAUGUGGGGUGAACCCGCCGAGAAGAAGGACGAGUCUUCGGAGGAGGAAGAGGAGUCCUCUGAGGAGGAAUCCUCCGAGGACGAGAAGCCCCAGAAGCAGGAGAUGACGCGCGAGGAGCGCCGCGCCGCCGCGAAGGCGCGCAAGGAGGCGGCGAUCGCGAAGCAGAAGGCCAGAGCCGCCGAGCCGGGCGACCUGCCGCCGUCAGACUCGGAGUCCGACGACGAAGACGAGGGCGCCCUGCCUGCGAACCCCAACCACACCGCCAAGGCCGCCAAACAAGCUACGACGACUACCGGCGACUCGUCUGAAUCGGCCGCGAAGCCCAAAAAGGACACGCCCGUCAGCCAGCUGUCGCGCCGUGAGCGCGAGGCGCUCGAGGCACAGCAGGCGAAAGAGCGCUACCAGAAGCUGCACGCCGAGGGCAAGACGGACCAGGCGCGCGCGGACCUGGAGCGGCUGAAGCUGGUGCGCGAGCGCCGCGAGGCGGAGGCCGCCCGCAAGAAGGCCGAGGCUGAGGAGAGGGCGGAGCACGAAAAGGCAAAGGCUGAGCAGAUUGCGCGCCAGGAGCGCCAGCGGGAGCUGCAGAAGAACAAGCUGGCCAACAAGAAGAAGGCGGGCAAGAAAUGA